AAGAAAACACACUCCCAGCGCAGCGAAUAUAAACACAACAAGAAGUAAACACACACGCUCACAAUGGUGACUGCAAGCAAGGACAUUACUCAUUUACUCUCUGAGGAGGCACGUUCCAGAAGACCUUCUCCGUUGAAGACCGCGUUCAAGUACUUUGGUAACCCAGAUAUCGUUUUCCUCGGCGGAGGUCUACCGCUAUCUGAUUACUUCCCAUGGAACAAGGUUACUGCCCAUUCGCCGGCGGUUCCAUUCUCCAAGGGCAUUGGUGCUGUGCCAGUUACUGAGGAGGAUGCGUUGGUGAUUGAUUUGCACAAGAAGAAGGAGUUCCUGGAGAACGCGGAUGACAUUGAGCUCUCCAGGGCGCUUCAGUACGGUUACACCGAAGGUCAACAUGAACUCAUGAAGUUCUUGAAAGAGCACACUGAGUUGAUCCACAAGCUGCCAUACGAAGACUGGGGCUGUGUCGCUACCAUCGGUAACACUCAGGCAUGGGAUGCUGUGUUGAGAACAUUCUGUGAUAAGGGUGACACAAUCUUGGUUGAAGAGUUCACCUUCUCUUCUGCGUUGGAGACUGCCAACGCCUUGGGAAUUACCCAAUUCCCAGUGCCAAUGGACGAAUCCGGAAUCCUUCCAGAUAAGUUGGAGCACCUGUUGGAUAACUGGGUUGGUAAGAAGCCUAAAUUGUUGUACAUUAUCCCAACUGGUCAAAACCCAACGGGUUCAUGUCUCUCUGUAGAGAGAAGAAAGGCCAUUUACAAAGUUGCUCAGAAGCACGAUUUUGUCAUCAUUGAGGAUGAACCAUACUACUUUCUCCAAAUGGAAACUUAUACACAAGAUGUUGCGGCCAGAGAAGGGAAACAUGUUCAUUCUCAUGAAGAGUUUAUCAAUGCGCUUGUUACUUCUUUCCUCCACCUAGAUACUGAAGGUCGUGUGAUUAGAUUGGACUCGUUCUCUAAGGUUUUGGCCCCAGGAACACGUUUCGGUUGGAUUGUCGCCCAAAACAACAUUUUGGAAAGAUUUGUCAGACUUCACGAGGUUACUAUCCAAUGUCCAUCAGGUUUCACUCAAUCUAUUAUUAACGGUACCUUACAAAGAUGGGGCCAAUCCGGUUACUUGGACUGGUUGAUUGGUUUGAGAGCAGAAUACACCCACAAGCGUGACGUUGCUAUUGAUGCAGUUUACAAGAACUUCCCAUUGGACGUUAUCAAAUUCACACCACCAGUUGCUGGUAUGUUCUUCACUAUUAGUUUCGAUGCAUCCAAGCACCCGGACUUUGAAACAAAAUACGGUAAGGAUCCAUUGAAGGUUGAAGAGGCCUUGUAUGAAUCUGGUUUGCAAGGUGGUUGUUUAAUGAUUCCAGGUUCUUGGUUCAAGGCUGUUGGACAAACUGAACCACCACAGCCAGUUGAGGAGACUGACCCAGAGUCCGCUAACUGGAUCUUCUUCAGAGGAACAUACGCUGCUGUCCCAUUGGACAAAUUGCAGAAGGGUUUGGAGAACUUUGGUGCUUCAGCUAAGAAAGAGUAUGGUCUUUAAAAAGUGUUUUGCUAUUUCGAUAGAAUCCCCAUAUCAAAUAAACGUACUUAUACAUAAUAGCUGGCUUAUAAUUGAAAUAUCAGCAGGGAAACUAACGUAGAAGUGUUGAUAUACAGAUGUGUUCAAUUCAUUACAUAAAACAAGGAACUAAAA